GCUGCCCCAAGGCUGGCUGCUCUGUCCCCGUCGGUCUCCGACGGGAAAGGCCAUGCCGAGGGCUGGGACGCUGUUCCUCUCACCUGUUUUUGGCCCCAGGGUCUGGGCUGGGCUUCUCUGGCUGUUUCCCUGCCCCUGUCUUAGUCUCCCGUUUCUCUGCCCAGCCUCCGCCCACUUCCAGAUUCCCAGACCAGGGCUCCGGUUCCCUUCGCAGGCGUCCGCGCAGUGUCGUUCGCGACAGGCGCUGUUCUAGCUGCUGGGCCCGGGCAGGACCCACAGCGAACCCUACCCUCUGUGCAUCCGGCUGUGGCCAAUGGCCUUGUCCACCCGACUGUCACCACUCCCUGCCCUUUUUGCUCUGGGUGACCAGCUCUUUGGAGGUGGAAGCCAUGGACGUAGACGCGGAAAGAGAGAAAAUAACACAGGAGAUAAAAGAGCUGGAAAGGAUUUUGGAUCCCAGCUCCUCAAGCAUCAACGUGGAGGUCUCGGAAUCAAGUCUUGACUCGGAUUCUGAGGCAGAUUCGCUGCCUGGCGAGGACUCGGAUGCUGCCAGCCCCCCACUCUCGGAAGAAGAAAGGUGGGGUGGAGCCAGCAAUGAGGAGGACGACCCCAAGGAGAAGGUGCUCCCCGAAGACCCAGAGACGUGCUUGCAGCUGAACAUGGUCUACCAGGAGGUCAUCCAGGAGAAGCUGGCGGAGGUCAGCCUGCUGCUGGCCCAGAACCGGGAACAGCAGGAAGAAGUCAUGUGGGACCUGGCAGGAUCCAAAGGCCCCAAGGUGAAGGAUGGCAAGAGCCUGCCCCUGAACCUGUACAUCGGGCACUUCCUGAAGCCCUACUUCAAGGACAAGGUCACCGGAGUGGGGCCUCCUGCCAACGAGGACGCGAGGGAGAAGGCCGCCCAGGGCAUCAAGACCUUCUCGGAGCUCCUGGUGACCAAAUGGAAGAGCUGGGAGAAGGCCUUGCUCAGGAAGUCGGUGGUGAGCGACCGCCUGCAGCGCCUGCUUCAGCCCAAGUUCCUGAAGCUUGAGUACCUGCAGCAGAAACAGAGCCGGGCCUCGAGUGUGGCGGAGAAGCGGGUCCUGGAGACGCAGAUACGGGAGGCGGAGAAGGAGAUCCAGGACAUCAACCAGCUCCAGGAGGCGGCCUUGCUGGGGAGCAGACUGGACAGCCACGACUGGGAGAAGAUCUCCAACGUCAACUUUGAAGGCGGCCGCAGCGCAGAGGAGAUCCGGAAGUUCUGGCAGAACUGGGAGCACCCCAGCAUCAAUAAGCAGGAGUGGACUGGGCAGGAGGUGGAGCAGCUGAAGGCCGUCGCGGCCAGGCACGGCCACCUGCACUGGCAGAAGAUCGCCGAGGAGCUGGGGACCAGCCGCAGCGCCUUCCAGUGCCUGCAGAAGUACCAGCAGCACAGCAAGGCCCUGCGGCGCAGGGAGUGGACGGAGGAGGAGGACCGCAUGCUGACCCAGCUGGUGCAGGAGAUGCGUGUGGGCAGCCACAUCCCCUACCGCAGGAUUGUCUACUACAUGGAAGGGAGAGACUCCAUGCAGCUCACCUACCGCUGGACCAAGAGCUUGGACCCCAGCCUCCGAAAGGGCCUCUGGGCCCCCGAGGAAGACGCGAAGUUGCUUCAAGCAGUUGCCAAAUAUGGGGAGCAGGACUGGUUUAAAAUCCGGGAAGAGGUGCCUGGGAGGAGCGAUGCCCAGUGCCGAGACCGAUAUCUCAGAAAGUUACAUUUCAGCUUGAAAAAGGGACGAUGGAAUUCAAAAGAAGAGGAGAAGCUAAUUGAGUUAAUAGAGAAACACGGUGUCGGUCACUGGGCAAAAAUAGCUUCUGAACUCCCGCACCGGACAGGCUCUCAGUGUCUGAGCAAGUGGAAAGUCAUGGUCAGGAAGAGGCGGCGGCAGGGCAGGAGGCGGCGGCGGCGGCGCCUUCGCAGUGUGCGGUGGAGCUCCACCAGUGAGGACAGCAGCAGCCAGGACAGCGGGGACAGCAGCAGCGAGGACAGUGGGGACAGUGAGGACAGCAAGGACAUUGGCAACUUGGAGCGGGAGGAAAUGCCAGAUGUCCAGGAGGACGGCCAGGCACCGCCAUCAGCACUGCACACCGUGCCGGACAUGGCCCUGUGGGUCCCUGCCAGGCAGGGUGGCCGCGGCCCGAGAGCGGCAGGGGCAGGGGGCCGCCCCGGACGCUUGGCUGCCUUGCCCAGCCCUCUCAAGGUGCCCGAUGUGGCCCGAGGUGGGGCCAGGAACACGGAGCAGGCAGGCCGGGCACAGGCCCUGUCCGGGACCCACAGCACGAACGGCCCAGGAGGCACCGGGCACCCACGCUGUGCAGACUUGGCCCCGGCGAGCUCCAAGGGGUCCACAGACGAGGGCAGGCAGCGUGUGCCGAAGGAAUCCCUGGAGACCGUACUGCAGGCGCUCAGGGCCAGCACAGCCACCCGGUGCCGGACACCGGAGGAGAGGCUGAAGCAGCCGUGCCUGUUGGGUUCGCCCCAGGGGACCGCCCCUGGUGGCAGCAUCACGGCCAGGCCCCGUGUGCAGGGGCUGUGGCGGCGGCGGCACCGGGGACACGCCCUACAGAGGAGGCUCCUCGAGCGCCGGCUGCUGAUGGCCGUGAGCCCGUGGGUGGGUGACGUCGCCCCGCCCUGCACUCCCCGGAGGUCCUCCGUGAGCACCCGAGCUGACAGCAUCCAGGCACAGCUGCAGAACGCCCGCCUGGCCAGCACCCCAGUGUUCACCCUCUUUAUUCAGCUCUUCCAGAUCGACACCACCGGCUGCAUGGAGGUCGUUCGAGAGAGGAGGGCCCAGCUGCCCACCCUGCCGAGGGUGGGCGCUCAGGCCCCCUCGAGCGCCCAGGACCCCCCAGGCCGCCUCCCGAGCAGCGGGCCAGCCCGAGAAGCUGCCAAGAAGAGCGCUGGCCACGGAGGGAGUGGGGGGCUGCAGACAUGCCGGGCCGAGUCCGCGUCUCAGGCGCCCCCGUCAGCCCCAAGCGGCCCCCGGCCCAAGCCCAAGACUGUGUCUGAGCUGCUUCGGGAGAAGCGGCUGCGGGAGGCCCGAGCUAGCAAGGCUGCCCAGGGCCCCGUGGUCCUCCCGCCCCAGCUGCUGGUCUCCUCGCCUGUGGUCCUCCAGGCCCAUCUGCCGCUGGCCUCCCAGGGCCCCCCAGCCCCAGCUGUUGCCAACUCUGUGCUGUCUGAGCCUGGGGCUCCUGCAGCGGCCAGUCUGAGUCCUUCAGGCUCCCGGGCCUCAGCCUCGGACAAGGGGCUGCCUGUCCUGCAACCCACGGCCUCUGCUGCUGUCUCCUUGGAGGAUGCGAAGGUCACAGCCACCUCCAGGGCCCCCCAUCUGGGUUCCAGCCUGGCCCCUGUGAACGGUCUCGGACAAUCUCAGGCCCCUGCCACGUCCAGGAAGCAGGGCCUGCCUGAGGCGCUGCCCUUUCUGCCUGCAGCCCCCAGCCCCAUUCAACUGCCCAUCCAGCCCCUCAGCCUGAUGCCAGCUCUAGGAGCCCACAGGGGUGGACCCCAGGUGGCAGCCAGCACCCCUCUGCCUGUCACCUGGGUGCUCACGGCCCAGGGGCUGCUCUCUGUGCCAGUGCCAUCCCUUGUGGGCCUUCCUGGGCCAGCAGGGACCUCUGACCCCAAAGGGCUGCCAGCUCCAUCACUCUUGUUGACUGAGACUCGGGCAGGCCAGUGCCCCACCGACAUGGACAGAGAGUCAGCCCCUCCCUCCAAGACAGACCUCACCACCCUUCUGCCACCCCAGAUCUCUGCUGAAGUGGAUGGUGACGUGGCCCGUGCUCCUGAGGGACACUCUUCCUCUGGAGAAGUGGGCGUGGCUGGCGACACAGCCGCACAGGCUGCGGUCCUGGCCAGUCCCCCUGGGGCGGAGGCUCCCUGCGCCAGCCAGCUGCCUCUGCACGGUGGAGCUGGCCUGGGGGGGACACUGGCGUCUCCAUCAGAGCCCGGAGAGACCGGGGCGCCUGUGGGCUUAGAGAGGCCCCCCGCAGCCCAGCCCGGGCCUGAGAAGGGGGGCCUGCAGCUAGGCCUCCUCUCCCAGGAGAGUGAGGUAGCUGUGCGGGAGUGGCUGGGGGGGCUGCGAGGGGUAUGUGUGCCCCCGCUGCGCAGCAGGCUGCCCUACCAGCCGCCCGCCCUGUGCAACCUGCGGGCGCUGUCCCACCUCCUGCUCCACAAGCAGGCCCUGGAGCACAGAGCCGCCUCCCUGGGGCCCGGCGGGGUGCAGGCCUCGCUGGGACGCGUGCGGAGGCAGCUGCAGGGCAGCCCGGCCUACCUGCUGCUGAAGGCCCGCUUCCUGGCAGCCUUCACCCUGCCCGCACUCCUGGCCACCCUGUCUCCACCCGGCGUGCCCACCACGCUGUCGGCGGCCGCGAGGGCCGACUCUGAGAGCGAGGACCAGGACCCGGAGGAGCUGGAGUCCAUCGGCAGCUGUGGUCCCCUGGCUGGGCCAGCGGCCACAGCCCCUGUCCAGGGGGCCCCAGGCCCUGGUGAGGGCUCCGCCCCCUCCCACCCAGACUGCUGUGAGGACUUGGACGUGCUCAGGACGAGGCACGGGCAGCACGUCCGGAAGCGGAGGAGGCUGCUGUGAGCAGCAGGGCCACCCGGAGCCUGCCGCUGUUGCCACUGUUGCUGCCACCAGGAGACAGGGCCCUGCUGGACCAGCGGGCCACCCCCCACCCCACAGGAGACGGUGGCCAGGGCCAGGGUUCUGCCAACAGUGACCAUGCUGUCGGGGCUCAGCUGCUCCCCAAGUACAAAUUGGAAUAUUUCAAAGAAUUAAUAAAUGCAUUAUUUUUUUAU